UCCCAGUGCCGCGGGAUGGCCGAGCUGUUUGUGCUCACCGCCACCUUCCCCUUCGGCAUUUCCCGGCCCCCGCAUCCGGCUAUUGUCCCCCCCCAUCGAGCCGGCUCCAGCCCCGGUGCUGGCGGGGAGGAUCCGGGAUUUCGGGAGGAAACGGGAAGGCUGGCCGGGGCUGGCAUGGCGGGCGGCUGGGAGACAGCGCUGGGCCUGGGGCUCUGCCUCGCCGCCCUGCACCGCGGAGGCUGCCGCCUCCCCAGCGUGGCCACGGCACCCCAAACGUCACCUGUGCUGCGGGACAAUUUCCGCUUGCAGCCAGGGGAUUUGGUGAUCACAGCGGGGCAAGCGUUGGAGCUGGAUUGUGUCCCCCCCUUGGGGUUCCCUGAACCCUACAUUACCUGGAAGAAGGACGGGGUGACCUUGGACUUGGUAGGCGGCAGGUACGUGGUCACCAAGGGGAAGCUGCAGGUGGCAUCGGCACAACGGAGCGACUCCGGUCUCUACAUCUGCGUGGCGGCCAACGCGGCGGGCAGGAGGGAGAGCCGGGCUGCCCGCGUCUCCGUGCUGGAGAAGCCGAGCAUCGUGCGGCACCCCAGCGACGCCGUGGCGGCGGCUGGCAGCACCGUGGAGCUGGGCUGCAGCCCCCGAGGCGACCCGGCGCCGCAGGUGCAGUGGCACAAGGAGCACGGAGACCUGCCCUGGGGCAGGCACGAGGUGGACCGGGAGCACACCCUGCGCCUCUUCGCCGUGACGCCCGCCGAUGCCGGCGCCUACGUGUGCACAGCACAGAGCCAGCUGGGCAGCGCCGCCGCCACCACCUUCCUCCACGUGGAGGACCGGCUGGCAGCGGGCCAGCAGGACACUGCCCCCCGGGAGCUGCUGGCUGUGCGGCUGCACCUGGACAACGGCACUGCCCUGCCCACGGCCGCCGUGCAGCUCCGCUGGCAGAUGCUGAUGCCGGUGCCGGUGCCCGUGGGCUACAUGGUGCUGUACCGCAGCCUGCUCCCGGUCAGCACCUCCUGGAUCCAGCACGACGCCGGCAGGGAGCUCAGCGCCGUCAUCCCCGCGCUCCGCAGGGGCUACAAGUACGAGUUCAAGGUGCGACCCUACACUGGAGGGACCCAGGGCUCGGACAGCAACAGCAGGCACCUCUGGAUACCCGAGGAAGUGCCGAGUGCAGCGCCCCAGCGUGUCACCAUCCGGGCUGAGACGGGGAAUGGCACCGUGGUCGUGAGCUGGGAGCCACCUCCUCCUGAAGCCCACAAUGGCGUCAUCCAGGGCUACCAGGUCUGGUCAAUGGGCGAGGGCUGGCAGCGUCCCACCAACAGGACAGUGGACGGAGCCACCCGCCGCCUGGAGACCCUCCUGCCACAGCCCGGGGCCGAAUUCUGUGUCCAGGUGGCAGCUUUCAACAGCGCAGGGCUGGGGGUUCCCAGCAACACCACCUGCGGAGUCCUGGGGCUGGCAGCGGGGAGCAGCAGGGUGGUGCAGGCGCUGCAGCAGCCUGCUGUCAUCGCAGCCGCUGGCUCCAUGCUCUGGCUGGCCCUUCUCGCCCUCCUCCUCCUCCUCUGCCAGCGCCGCGCCAGCCAGGACGCCGCCGCUCGCCACAGGCUGGUGGCUGGUGACUCGCCGUGGCUUGGUGCUCCCUGGAAACCCAGCUGUGCCCCCCGAAACCUCAGCAGCAGCAGCAGCCUCAGCAGCCGGCUCCUGGGCAGUGAUGGCAGGGACCCCCACCCCUCCACCCUCUCCUUGGAGCCGCCAAGCCUUGGCCCCCCCACGCCCCCCACCCACAGCAGCCUCCGUGGGGGACACCCAGCGCCCCUCAGGGACAUGGGGUGCUGCGGUGGGGGGCACCCCGGGGUGCAUUCCUCGCCCAGCACCCCAAACCCAGCGCCCUGGGAGCGUGUACACAAGAGAGAGCUGCACCAAGUGCACAGCACCCCGGUGCUCAUAGCUGGCCCCAGCCACAUCCCUGGCACUGCAAGUGCAGGCGAGUGCGGGACAGAUUUUGGGCUGGCAGCCAGGCAGCCUCAGCAGAGGGGACACGAGGGUGACGCCGCCGCUGCCGUGAUGGACAGCAGGGACCCACGGCUGCUGAUCUUCAGCUCUCCAAAGCCACCUCGGGGCAGCUCUUCCCUGGCCUCUGGUGACAGCAGGUCACCAAUGACACCCCCGAGACCCCCCCGUGCCUGGCACCCCCCGGUGACACGGUCCCCGGCCUCUGUAUGCCCCAGGGACACAUCUCUGGUCUCCAGGCACCCCAAGGACAUGUCCCCAGUCACUGGGAUCCCCAGGGACACAUCUCCAGUCACUGAGAGCCCCAGGGGUGUGUCACCGGCCACCAGGAGCCCUAGGGACAUGUCCUUGGUCACUGAGCACCCCAAGGACAUGUUCCUGGACAGCAGGCAUCCUAAGGAUGUGUCCUCAGUCACCAGGACCCCCAGGGACAUGUCACCAGCCACCAGGCACCACAAGGAUCCACCACCAGCAACCAAGCACCAGAGGGACACAGUCCUGGCCACCAGGCACCCUGAGGACACCUCUCUGGUCACCAGGUGCUCCAGAGACCCCUUACCAGUGGCCAAGUGCCAGAGGGACAUCUCACUGUCUAGCAGGCACCCCACAGACAUGUCCCCAGCCAGCAGACACCCUAAGGACACAUCCCCAGGCACGAGGCUCCCCAAGGAGAUGUCACCAGCCACCAGGGACUGCAGGGACAAGUUCCUGGCCUCCAGGUACCCCAAGGAUGCUUCCCUGGCCACUGGGCGCCUCUCACCAGCAUUCAGUGACGGGGUCCUCACACAACAGCAGGUGGCUGAGGUCCUGGAGAUGGACCAGGACACUGCCUGCUGCAGACCCCCAGCACCGAGCACACCACGGUCCUUCUCACCCCUGCACACCUACGGCUACAUCUAUGGGCCAGCAACCUCUGAGCUGGGUGAGGAGGAGGAGGAGGAGGAGGAGGAAGAGGAAGAGGAGGAGGAAGAGCAUACAGCCACGAGGGGCUCUCCAGGAGGGUCACUGCUGAACGGCUGGGGGUCUGUGUCAGAGGACAACUUUGCCAGCACCCGCUGCAGCCUGGUGAGCUCCUGUGACAGCUCCUUCCUCCUGGACGCCAGCUUCGCCCGGGCGCUGGCCGUGGCUGUCGAUGGCCUCUGCUGCAGCCUCGAGGACACUGAUGGGCUGUAUGGGGGUCUGUCCCCACCGCCGUCACCCUCAGAGCAGGUUUUCCCACCCGGAGGCCACACGAGCACCUGGGACUGGUGGACAGCACUGGAGGUCCCACAGAGGACCAGGACAGAGGCAGCCAUGAACAGUAGCUCACAGAACGGUGGCCAGGGGUCAGGGACUGGCAGCCCCUGGGCCAGGGAAGGUGCUGAGCUAGGGACAGGAGCAUGGCAGUCCCCAGGGCGCAGGAUGCAGCAAGGCCAGAGUCCCCUGGACUCAGCAAAAAUCCAGCUUUAUUAGGCAGUUCCCCAAACAGGGGCUCUUUACUAGGAAAAGGUAGUGGGUGGGUGGGUGUCCCUCCUUAUUCAGCAUUCUUGUCCUUCCCAAGUGCCCUCCUCUUCCACAGUGUCCCCAUCCCUCCUCAGUGUCCCCACUCCUUCCCAAAUUCUUCAUUCCUCCACAAGUGUCUGCAUUCCUCUAAGUGUCCUUGUCCUUCCUCAGUGUCCUCCUCCUUCCCCAGCAUCCUCAUUCCCUCUAACUAUCCUUCUCCAGCCCAAGCACUGUUGUCCAGCCUAUGUCCUUGUCUUUUCCGUGUUGACCCCCUGACCAUUCCCAUUCCUGCUGACUAUUCCCAUUCUUUCAAACUGUCCUGCUUUCUGAUACUUCAAGCCCUUCCUCAGCAUCCUUGUCCCACUUUGUCCAUCCUUGUCUCUCCCAAAUGUUCUCAUCCUUCCCAAGCCACCUGAGUGGCCUUGUGCUCCCUCUAAACGUCCUUGUCCCACCUAAUCAUCCUCAUUCUCAGGCUUCUCAGCCCUCCUGAGUGUCCUCAUCCUUCAUCAGUUGUUUUGUCCCCCAUGCCAAGUGUCCUUUUCCUUCCCCACUGUCCUCAUCCCCCUGCAACCAUCCUCCUUGUCCCUUUACUACUGUCCUUGUCCCUCCCAAGCAAUCUUAUUUUUCCGAAGUGUCCUCUUCCCCAGCAAUCCUCAAUCCCUGAAAAUCCUUCCUCCAUGUCCUCUUACCUCCAGGCAUCCUUGUCCCCCAGCCCUAUUUGUCCCUCACCAGCACCUGCUGUGUCCUUGUCACCCCUGUGUAAUCUUGUCCCCCGCCAAGUGUCCCCUUCCCUUUUGAUCACCUCAUCCCUCCCAGACGUCCUUGUCCUUUCCCAGUAGCCUUGUUCCUCCCAGCUGUGCUUGUCUCCAGGAUCCUUGCCCCACUAAAGCAUCUUCCUCACCCCUCCCCAGUGCCCUCACCCCUCUUCUGCUCAUCUGCCCCAACUGUUUCUGUCCCCAGGGUUCAUGUUCUUCCCUGAGCAUCUUCCUUGUCCCUCCCCAGGGUCCUCAUUCCUUGUGAAUUCCUUGCCCCACCCCAAGAAUCCCUGUUCCCCCUCACGCUGACGCCCACCGGUCGCGACCUCUGUGCAACCCUAUUUCCAUGGAGCCACUCAGAAAUUAAAGCACAUCCCUCCGUG